AUGCCGCCGGAUCCGGCAAAAAAACUUGCCGAUUUGGUGCAGCAAGCUGGCAGACUGCACAGUUUGCCUGAACACAGCCGGGCAGAACACGAACGGGAAUUGUUCGGCGAGGUGCGAUUGGGCCUUUUGCAGCCGGACGCCCUCGAAGGCUCCUUCGAAGAGCAUGACAUGGCAGCCAUGCUGCGGCUCAUGGUUAGCUGUGGAAGCAAGAAGCGGUUGGCAUCUCGCGCCGUCGAAAAUUUGAAGCAAUUCCUGAAUAGCAGGUCAUGGCUCAAAGUGGCACAUGGCUCACCAGAGCUGCUUCUAGAGCUGAAAGGUUUCCUUUUGGAAAACCCAGAGGUAACCAAAGAUGCUGACAUGACGGCUGUCGCUUCUCUUUUGGAAGCGCCGCCGAGUGACAGCAGGUGCCGGCCAGAUUCGCCUACGAGUCCGGCCAAGCUGGAUGAUGAUACACGCCGGAUGAUUCUGGAACCGCUGCAACGCGGUCGCGAACUCAUGGCCUCGUGCAGAUGGCAUGUGGUUGGUGAUGAGUCAGGCCAGGCGCUUUCCCUGUUCUGCCGUGGCGUGACGCGCCUGGCCGGCACGGCUGUCGGCAGGGAGGCAAUGGAGGCUCCAGGGGCGGAGUUGCCCGUGCUGGACUGGCUGGCCUCAGAUUGGCCCAACAUCAUCAAGUUUCUUGCCAACGUGUACGAAUCGAGAAGAUUGAACAGGAGUCAGAUUGAGGCAUGUGUGGAGAAGUUGAGGUCGCUUUCCCCGAACUUCUCCGAGGCCGAAGCUUCCGCGGAAGGUUUGCCAUGGAGGCCAAAGUGUGCCGAUGGUGCUCCAGAGGAUACCAAGGAUGACUUGUCGCCUGUCGAGGUGGAGGAAGCAGAGGAGCCACCCCCUCCGCCUCCUCCGCUGCCGCCUCCAGCCGAAGAGGAGAAGCCUGGCUUGCUGAAGCGAAUCCUUUGGGGAGGAAAGGCAGAGGAACCGGCGGCUCCCCCGGCACCGCCAGCGCCUGUUCCGGCUCCGACCGUUGUCGUCCCGAAGGCGGCUCCAGCAGCGGCAGGCUAUCCGUCUGAUCCGGCUGGGAGCGGUGCCCCUGCCAGAGCUCCGAAGGCUGCAGCUAAGCCCGGCGUGGUUUGGGUAGACGUGAACCCGAAAGCCUGGCAGAAAACGACAUUGAAUGGCCACACAGGCCUUUCGUUUCAAGGCUUCGAUGGCACGCAGGAGACGAAGCCUUGGCUCUCCUACGUGCAACAGCGUGCGGCGUCGGACGAGCGCGUGGCUGUCCUGAUUCUGAAUCGCCGCCACAAGAACGACGCUGUGGCCAUCAAGCAAUUCUGCGCAUCGAAGCGUGUGCCCCCUCCGCAAUUCAUCGUUUGUGGCAAAGGAGCGCCUGAAGAGGUGUGCCGAGAGUGGGGGAUGCAGGACAUUCAUGUCACCAAAGAUUGGGACGAAGCAACUCGCAUAGCUCUCAGUGAGGUGCGCACUCCGGGGCCGCUGCCACUGCCCCGUGACCCAAGGCACAGAGCAGCCACUGACAUGUGA